AUGUUUGAUUUUCCAAUGAAUUCUCCAACCAAUCUCCGAGAUCUCAUUGUCUACGAUAUUCAUCUAUGGAAAACUAUCGAUAAAUCAUAUAAAAACUACGAAAAACUGUGUGAAGUGAUGAAAAAAGAGGCGAUUUCUUAUGACAACUACGAGUAUUGGUUCAAUCGAUAUCUCAAAGAGAGCUACUAUUCAGCAAAAAAUGGAAGAGCUAUUCGGGUGACCGAUAUUCGUAUUUGCAUUUAUUCUGAUAUUAUUAAUGAGAAGUCGCUGGAAAGUUCAUAUAGAGAUCUGUGUGAUGCAUUCGACUAUGAUAAAAUCGAUAAGAAUGAACAUACUGAUUUGCACCCCAUUUAUGGCUAUGAGAGAUGUCCGCAUGCACAACUUUUGGCGGAACGAUCAAAAUAUUUCAAUGCAGCCUCUCUUGAUACUUGUAAUGAUGUGGGCUUGAAAUUCUCCGACUUGCCAGAAGAUGUAGUCACUGAAAUCGUGGAUAGAUGUGACUUGAAGGCAUAUCUGAAUCUCCGAAUUGUCUCUCAUUCACUCCGAACAAUCGUCGAUAAACGGUCUCCUCCAUGCACCGAUAUUGAGAUCAUUGUCAGAGAUGAUUACGUUCAAAUCAAGGCGAAUAAUGAGAUUCUGGUUGAUUCUCGCCCCAUUGAACUGACACAUUCCCGUCAUUGCUCAUUAAGUUUGAUCGGAAAAUGCGUGGUACGAAAGCUGGAAUUUCUUCUGAAUAACCCGAAACUCCGAUUGAAAUCAUUUCGAAUCGAUUCGUUUACUCAUGUGGAAACUACAAACUAUGAGAAGAAUUUUCUGAAGCUACUCGAUCAAUUUUCACACAAAAUCCAUGUAGAACGUUGCUCGAUUGAAAUGGAACAAAACAUCUGUAGAGUUCUACAAUGUUUCAAACCUGGAUCGCUUCAAAAACUGGUUAUCGGUGGCUCGUUGUCGAUAAAUGAAAUUAGUCGAAUCGCUCAAACGGAUCAAUGGAAGCAGGCGAAACAUCUCAACCUCAUUUGUUUCCCCGAAUUAUCGAUUGAGUAUUUCUCCCAUUUCUCCACUUUCGAAAUAUCUUUCGGAACAAUUUCAACUAACAAUCUGGUCCGACUCUGUGAUAACCUCUCCAAAUCGACCAAUUUCGAGUCAUGCAUCAUCAAAAGUACGCGUUCGUUGAAUAUUGAGACAAUCAAGAAUGCACGGAAUCUUCAACCGUCUGAUACUCCGAAUAAGUAUUAUGUUCCGAAUUCAAAUCUUGUAGUUCAGUUUCCAAGAGGUUCUGUGGCAUACGAAAUUUCUAUCCGUAAACUUUAA